AUGAUGAAAAAAAGAUCCAUCAGAGAGCUUUAUAGUAUCAAUAAGGUCACAGAGGAAGUCUUUUGCACCAACGAGUAUGGGUUUGUGAUGGAUGCAUUCAGCAAUCAGACAGGAGAUAGCAAUCAAGGUAUAAAAAGCGAAUGGUAUGCUCUUAUUACGGAGUGCGAUGGAGAUCGAGAAAGGCUACGUAAGAAUAAGCAGGCAAAGUAUCUGAUAUAUAGAGGGAUUCCGCUGUCCUUGAAGUACAAGUUAUGGAGCAUUUUGACAAAGAAAAGCAUAAAGGUUGAUUAUGCAAGCUUGAUUGUAAUUAAAAGCGGAUAUGAACAUCAGAUACAUGUUGAUGUGCAGAGGACAUUUAGAAAACACUUUCUAUUCAAUAAGGAGUAUGGCAGAGGGCAAUGCGAGCUCUUCAAUGUUCUUGCAGCAUACUCAAACUACAACCCAGAUGUUGGAUACUGCCAAGGAAUGUCAAGCGCUGCAGCGCUUCUACUAAUGUAUUUUCCAGAGGAGGAGGCAUUUGAGAUGCUUGUUGGUAUAAUCAGCAGCAAUUGUCUUGAGACAUUAUUUGAUAAGAAGCUGAGCAAGGUUCCUAGUUUACAAAAGGCACAGAAUCAGGUAUUUGAGAAACUGAUUCCAGAAAUACACAGGCAUAUGCGCAUACAAGGUGUUGAUAUGGGUGUUUAUGCAAUUGGGUGGUAUUUGACAUUGUUCACAAGAUUUGAUAUCAAGCUUGUAUUGCGAAUGUGGGACUUUUUUAUUUUCUUUGACUUUUCUGUGUUUGUGCUAUUUGCUGCAGCAAUCCUAAGGUUUUUUUCAAAGCGGAUCCUGGACCUUGAUGGAGAGCAGCUGAUUGAGUUUAUUGGCAUGCUGGAUGCCGAACCAGUUGAAGUUGAUGAGAUAGUCUCGUAUGUUGUGGAAUCUCUUGAAAUGCAAGAUAUAAGCAUUAUUGAGAAUGUACUUAGAUAA